GAGGCCCUUUGGAUAAUUUGUUUUUAGUGUUAGCAUUUUUCUAAUUGAAGCAUAUCUGUCCACAGUUGCCAUGAAAGCUGCUGAAGACCAGGUGGUAGAUAAUGAAUUGGGUCUGCAUGAAGAUGAGGAUUCAUUUUUCCAAGACAUAGAUCUUCUACAGAAACAUGGAAUUAACAUGGCAGACAUUAAAAAACUGAAAAUGGUUGGAAUCUGUACAAUCAAAGGGAUUCAGAUGACAACACGAAGAGCAAUGGGAAACAUCAAAGGAUUAUCAGAAGCCAAAGUUGACAAAAUCAAAGAAGCUGCUAACAAACUGAUUGAACCUGGCUUUGUCACUGCCUUUGCAUACAGUGAAAAGAGGAAGAUGGUGUUUCACAUCUCAACUGGCAGCCAAGAGUUUGACAAACUGUUAGGUGGUGGAAUUGAAAGUAUGGCCAUUACAGAAGCUUUUGGAGAGUUUAGAACUGGGAAAACACAGCUAUCUCACACCCUUUGUGUAACAGCACAGCUUCCUGGAGAUGAGGGAUACACUGGGGGAAAAGUUAUAUUUAUAGACACAGAAAAUACAUUUCGCCCAGAUCGGCUAAAGGACAUUGCUGACCGAUUCAAUGUGGACCACGAUGCUGUGCUGGAUAAUGUGCUGUAUGCACGUGCUUAUACAAGUGAACAUCAAAUGGAACUGUUAGAUUUUGUAGCUGCCAAGUUUCAUGAGGAGGCAGGAAUUUUUAAACUCCUGAUUGUAGAUUCAGUCAUGGCUCUCUUUAGGGUGGAUUUUUCCGGCAGAGGGGAACUUGCUGAACGCCAGCAGAGGCUAGCACAAAUGCUUUCCAGGCUACAGAAGAUCUCUGAAGAAUAUAAUGUGGCUGUUUUUAUCACCAAUCAAAUGACAGCUGACCCUGGAGCUGGAAUGACUUUCCAAGCUGAUCCAAAGAAACCAAUAGGGGGACACAUUUUGGCACAUGCUUCUACAACCAGAAUCAGUCUUAGAAAAGGAAGAGGGGAAAUGCGCAUCGCCAAGAUUUAUGACAGUCCAGAUAUGCCAGAAAAUGAGGCAACAUUCUCCAUAAGUGCAGGAGGAGUAACAGAUGCAAAGGAGUGAAAUACAAACAAAACUGUUAGAGUAAAAUUGAAUGAUAAAUGUGUUACAUAAAUACUUUGAAUUGGUAAA